AUGAUAUUUUUUUUAUUUUUAUUUUAUUAUCAAGUUCGUGGUAAUCUUGAAAAAAUUAUUUUUACGGCAUCUCCAUCCCUCCCUACGCUUCAAACCACUGUUUCUGUGUUCGAAAAUCUUUUACCUCAACAACAUCUUGAACAACAAGUUCAACUUGGUUUUUAUCCUAAUAAUUCUGCUAUUUUAAUUGAACGGUGGUAUUUUAUUCAUUCUCUUCAUAUAAAUCAUACAUAUGAAAUUCGUCUUUCAUGGCCUGCAACGUCACCAGCACUUAUUUAUUUUGAUGUUUUUCAAAUUUCAAAUUCAAUUAUUUACUCUAUUAAUUCAUCAUUAAAUUUUUAUUUACGUGUACGUUUAAUUCCUGAUUAUUUUUCUCUUUAUCCAACCGUUAUGGCAUCUCAUCCUUUAUCUUUUCAUUUAUUCCUUGAUCAAGUUAUAUUAGGUUUACCUUACACCUUAAGAUGGACUCUGGCCUACGCUUCAAUUGUUGGAUUUAUUGCAUGGUUUGGAAUUGCUCCUUUGCUUUAUAAACUUAUUUGCUGGCAAAUAAAAAAAAAAUCAAUAUGA